AUGUCACUGCUCGCCAGCCUCGUGGGCAACAUUGCAUCUGAAGGAGAAAGGUUAGAGAGUUUCCUCGGUAACGACUCGCCCUCGCUAUGUGAGACCACAGGGUGGAAGUACGAUGAAGAGCUGCUGCCUCGUGAGGCGUGGGAGGCAUCGCAAUCCUUGUUGAGCGACUGCCAACAACUGAUUGCCCUCCUUAUGCCCAAGAAGCUGAAAUUGAUGUAUGAAAGUAUAUCGAACAACGCGGCAGUGGCUUUGGGAGUAGCGUGUGACCUCAAGGUCGCUGAAAAGAUCGCCGAAAAUGGCGGAGAAAUCAAACUGUCGGAGCUGGCGAAGGUCUGUGAAACGAACCACCAUAAACUGGGUAAAGUCCCACAUCGACCACAACAGUGUUGGGUGUUAACGUUACUCGUCCAGGGUGUACCAUGCGAGUCCUCACCCACCGUCAUAUUUUCACCGAGGUUGCUCCAGAAGUAUUCCGAAACAACCGCCACAGUACAGAACUGA